AUGCGGAUUUGGAAGUCUUCAGUAACCAAGGACAAAUCUUACCAUAUUCCUGUAAUCUUUUCAAGACAAUUUAUUAGCUAUCCUCCUAGUAGUUCCAUCACUGGAGUCAUUGGAGAAGGGGUCAUUCUGCCUUGUUACAUGGCAGCAGAGAACAUUCCUGAGAUAUUCUCUGUCCAGUGGAUAUUUAAUGGACAGUCCCAAAAAAUAACAGUGAGCGCAUACAAUGGAGAAAAUAAAAAGGAAAAGCAAGAUGAGAGAUACCAAGGCAGAACAGAGCUCUUCCACAGUGAAUUUAAAGCUGGAAACAUGUCUCUGCACUUGAAGAACAUCAGGAGUUCUGACAAAGGAUUAUAUACUUGUGUGGUCUCUUUCAACAAUGAGUACCAUGACAUGUUGAUUGAACUGCAAGUAGCAGCUGAAGGUGGUGUGCCUUCCAUUUUCCUGAGGAGUCCCAAGAAACAGAGCAUUGGCCUCACCUGCCAUGCAGAUGGUUGGUUUCCUAAACCUGAGGUGAUUUGGUUGGAUAGCCAAGGACAGAUCAGGAAGGAACUGUCAACCACAAAAGAGAUGAUGACACCUUCAGGCCUAUACAAUAUCCGAAGCUCCAUGAACCUCAUACCAGGAUCUGACAUGGAAGUUUCCUGCAGGAUAGUUAACAAUCUGCUAAAGACGAUGAGUGAGUCCCGAGUCCUGAUUUCAGAUAUUUUCUUUCCCUCCAUUUCAAAAUGGCUGGUUGUCCACCUGGUAAUUUUAUGUGUUAUCACUAUCCUAAUUUGCACUGUAUUUUUUAAGCUGAAAAGUAACCACAAGAAAGCAGUUAAUUCAGUAAAAUUGAAGACAAAGAUGGAAGAAGAAAAUGAACAACUGAAGUCAAUGUUGGAGCAAGAGAAAGCCACCAAUCGAAGAGAAAAAUCCAAACUCAGACACUACUUUGGUAAACUGAAAGCUGAGCUGGAUUUCUGGGAAGCCCGGAGCCAUGCAGUUCCCAUUACUCUGAAUCCUGAAUGCCGACUCCUCCAGCUCCAACUGCCAGGGGCUUCAGAUGUUGAGGACAAUGCAUGUGAACAUACUGGCCUCAGCAGCCCCUCUGCAGUCCCUGUCCUGGUGGCAAAGGAAGGGUUUUCAGCUGGGAAACACUACUGGGAAGUAGAAGUGAGCCAGCAGCAGGACUGGGUGCUGGGCAUCAUGAGGCAGAAAGAGAAACAAGAGGAGCAAGGGACACUUGCUGGGGAGGACUACUGGGCUCUGCACAGAUCUCGGGGAAAGAUUUUCUCUAUCAAGGGAGACAUCAGGCUUGAGAAGAAGGAAAUGAAUUACUCAGUGAUUGGUGUGCUUCUGGACUUGGAGGAAGAACAAAUCAACUUUUAUGAAGCUCAUCAGAUGACCACCGUGGAAAAAAUCCCUAUAAGUCUUGGAGGAGAACCUACAGAAAUGUUUUUCCCAUUUUUAUGCAAAGGCGGAGAGGCAAACACCCCUGUUAUGCAUCCAAUAGUAACUCCUGUCCCUUUGGAUCCACUGUAA